GUUAUUUGCCAUUGUUCACAAAUUAUUAUUUAUUUUUACCAAGUCACGACUGUAAAUGUUAAAAUGUUUUUUAAACACUUUUAACAAAGAUGCUUCUCGACCGUGUGUGCAUUCACCGGACUACAAACGGCGUUUAUUCGCGAUGCUUGCCGUAAACAUCUACGUGACAGGCAACAAGCAGGCGAUCGGUGUCCGGCGUCCUGCCCUUUUCACGCCAUUCAUUGAGACGCCAAAGAGAGAGACAGACAGGCGGGGGCCGCGAUGACAGCCAUCCAAGACACAGAAGACGCCAGUGAAACCGACCUCGCCAAGCACGACGAGGACGACUAUGUGGAGAUCAAGGAGCAAAUGUACCAGGACAAGCUGGCCUCCUUAAAAAGGCAACUGCAGCAACUACAAGAAGGCACGCUGCAGGAGUACCAGAAGAGGAUGAAGAAGUUGGACCAGCAGUAUAAAGAGAGGCUCCGCAAUGCGGAUCUGUUUCUUCAGCUUGAGACGGACCAGGUGGAGAGGAACUACGUCAAGGAGAAGAAGGCAGCGGUGAAGGAGUUUGACGACAAGAAGGUGGAACUGAAGGAGAACCUCAUCGCCGAGCUGGAGGAGAAGAAGAAAAUGAUAGAGAAUGAGAAACUAACCAUGGAGCUCACGGGCGAUUCUAUGGAGGUGAAACCCAUCAUGACACGCAAGCUGAGGAGACGACCCAACGACCCGGUGCCCAUUCCCGACAAACGAAGAAAGCCAGCACCUGCGCAGCUGAAUUACCUUCUCACGGACGAUCAGAUCAUGGAAGACCUGAGAACGUUAAAUAAGCUCAAGUCACCCAAGCGGCCAGUGUCCCCCUCGUCUCCGGAGCACGUCCCCUCCGCCCCCUUGGAUUACCCGUCCCAGCGCUUUGAGGCUCGCAUCGAGGAAGGCCGCCUGUACUAUGACAAAAGAUGGUACCACAAGAGCCAGGCCAUCUAUCUGGAGUCCAAAGACAACACCAAGAUCAGCUGCGUCAUCAGCUCAGUGGGCACCAAUGAGAUUUGGGUGAGGAAAACCAGCGACAGCACCAAGAUGAGGAUCUACCUGGGGCAGCUGCAAAGGGGGGCCUUCGUUAUCCGGCGGCGCUCGGCGGCCUGAAAACCUCAAGCUGUACCUUUUUAUACCUGAGCCCUUACUGUACACUUCCUCCACCCACGUCUCACCCGUUUUUAUUUCCUUUCCUUUUUUCAGAAUAAAUCUGAUUCCAUUGUCAAGACACUA